UUGGGACGAGUCGGGGGAAAUGGAGGUUAGAGGUGAAAUAUGAUCGUCCUGGGAGACGAGACUCCAGAGGUUUGACGAUUAAGCGUCAAGACUGGCUUAGACUUGGAGGAAAAACCAAAAGCCGUCGAGGAGAAGCUACACUCCAGGUAGGGCAAAACCUCCCACAGAUGGAGUGGAAACUGGAGCGCACCGCCCGGAGGAGGGUCCGGACCGAAGAAGAGAUGCUGUGGGAGAAUGUCAUGCGGGUGCUCGCUAAAGACGUGAAGCAGAAGAGAAGCCAAGGUUCUCCUAAGGUAUUUGAUGCAGUCAAUCCUACAUAUUCUAACUUUAAGAGCGACUUUGCGAAGAGGCUGUCGGCUGAAGUUCCUGUUGCCAGUAGCCCAAUUACCACAAGAUGGCGGCAAAGCCAAACCAGGGAUCUGGCAGCCCAUUCUUUUGGGGAAGAGCAUUCAACCACUGACCUCCCACAAACUACGCUGAAGGCAACGCCUGAGAAAGAGACUUUGAUUCCAGGAUCCUACAAAGAACCGCUGAAGACCCCCAACAGGGGAAAUUUUGGAACCAUUAACUCUGCUCUCUGUUUUUGCAAGGAACCUCAUGCACUGGAUGGAAGCUGGAAGGAAAAUGUUGCCUCGAAAGGCCAGAAGUGCUUAAACCAGUUAUUUUCAACCCAGAAGGUGGCUCAGCAUGUGAAUGGGAAAAUGCAGCUCUGUGAGCAAUCCCAGUGCAUUUGGAAAGGCUGCAGUGAUGGAGUCAGAGAUGAACGCUUCCAUAUUCAGAGGUUCAGUGAUGUAAACUAUUCCAUACUCCAACCGGAGGUGAAGAUUCAUCUUAUGGGUCUUCGAAAUGACUAUUAUCUGAAUGUCCUAGACUGGAAUUUUCAAAAUCUUGUUGCUAUAGCCCUUGGAUCGUCUAUAUACAUUUGGAGUGGGGAAGACCACAAUGGGAUUGAGAAUAUAGAGUUAAGUCUCACUUGUAACUAUGUGUCUUCUGUGUCCUGGAUAAAAGAAGGAAACUGCCUGGCAGUUGGCACCAGCGACGGGGAAGUACAGUUGUGGGAUGUGGUAACUAAAAAGCGGCUGAGAAAUAUGCUUGGUCAUUUGUCAGUGGUUGGGGCUCUGAGCUGGAAUCACUAUAUCCUCAGCAGUGGGUCGAGACUGGGCCUUGUGUAUCACCACGAUGUUCGGGCAGCCCAGCACCACAUUGGAACACUUCACCAUAAGCAAGCUGUGUGUGCCCUGAAGUGGUCGCCAGACGGCAGGCUGCUUUCCAGUGGCUGCAGCGAUGGGCAGCUGACCAUAUGGCCCCAUGAUCCAGGCACGAAUGCACAGGGUCACCCACUGAAAGUCAUACCCCAACCUACAGCAGUCAAGGCCAUGGACUGGUGUCCCUGGCAGUCUGAAGUCCUUGCUGUUGGAGGAGGAAUGAAGGAUGGACACUUACACAUCCUGGACAUAAAUACUGGGCAAAGCACCCAAACCCCAAGUACAAAUUCACAGAUUUGUUCCCUAAUCUGGCUUCCUAAGACAAAGGAGAUUGCAACUGGCCAAGGUUCUCCUAAAAAUGAUAUAACUGUGUGGGCCUGUCCUGCUCUGGACAGGUCCGGUGGAUUUCUUGGCCACAGAGGCAGAGUUCUGCACUUGGCUUUGAGUCCAGACCAGACCCGUGUGUUUUCUGCUGCGGCUGAUGGCACAGCCUGUGUGUGGAAUUGCAGUCAGUCCCUCAGCCCCUCUCAGCCUCAGCUUCCUCAUUUCUAAGCAAGGAUAGUGAUACCAGCCUUGCCUUCUCCAUGGCGUUGUUAUGAGGCUCAAACGAGAUGGUGUGGUUUCAUGAAGUGAAUGCCUGUUCCCCGACCUCUCCUUCUCAGGUUGCUUCAUUUGCUCUGCUUCCACCCAUUGCACUUCCCAGACAUGGUCUUUGGCUCUGUUCUUCUCACUCUCUGCUCCCCUCCUCCUUUCCUCUUCCUCCUCCUCCCCUUUUCUUCUUCCUCUCUGUUUCUUUCUUGUCAGAGAUGUAAUCAUCACUGCUCCAGCCUCAUAUUUCUGUCUGCUUCUAGAUAUUUCUUUUUUGAUUGCGAUUCCUUCCUGUCUUUAGCUCAAACUCAAUACACUAAAAACACAAUUUAUUCACUUGAAAGAUAUUGAUUAAAGUUCUGCUCUAUGUUUAGCAUGCAUAUUAUUUCCUCUCAAAAUGAGGUCUUCCGUGGGACUCCCUUUCCCUUCUUCAUGGUCUCAUCCUUAUCCUGGUCAUCCCAUCACUCAGGCAGCUCCUGAUUAUUCGGCUCCCUGUGUACUCAGUUUACCCCUUGUUCUCUCUUCUUUUGUUUCACCCUAGUCUUGUCUUGAAUACCUGACCACCAGUCUAUUGUAAUAGCCUUCUAAUUGGUUUUCCUGUCUUUAUUCUUCUUGAGUCUCCACACCACUGUGAGUUAAGUUUCUAAAAGCACUGUGCUGAUGCUCCCAGUCCCCUGCUCAUACACUCUCUAUGACUCCCCAUUACCUAACUCCCUUGGCCUCAACCUUGGAGUUCUGAGCACAGAACCUGAAGUUAGGGGACCUGGACUUAAGUCAGCUCUGCCAUAGACUGAUAGAGUGACCUUGGGUAUGUCACACCAUUUGCAAGAAUAGGAAUUUGGAUUUGAUAACUGCUAAGGUUUCUGAAUUCAAGGUUGACCAGGCCACUGUUCUAUCUCCUUAAUAUUAAUCCUCACUCACCUCCUAUGUUACUCCCAGGCUAAGUCUUGUGAUGUCCUUCCUUUUGCCUUUGCUGGAGCUCUUCUUCUAGUCUGGAAUUCCUCCUCCUUUCUUCCUUUUCUAUGCACCUCCAUAUAAGUCUUAACCUCUUCUGGAAGUGUUUUCAAAAGUUGUUACCUGGGUUUGAAUUCAUGGCAUCAGCCUGUAUCACCUAGUUGGUAUUAAUAUACUAUUCUCGUUGUUUAAAAAAACCUUUAAUACUAAGUGAAUCUUUGUUUAUCCAAGUUUUAACAUGCUUAUUUCUUCCCCAGACAAUUAAAUGGAGGAGCUGAGGGAGCAUAUGUCAUAUUUUUUAGUACCCUUUAGAACGCUUUGCAUGUGUCAGAUAACAAAUGUUGAUUGAUUUAUUUGCUUUGUCAUAAAUGGUUUUUACUAAUACAUAAACACACUCAUAACAUCACUCCUCAAAAAAAAAAAAAAAAAAAAAAAAAAAAAGAAAAGAACCCAUGAUACAAACAAAAGCCUUGGUAAUUGAAAAGCAGGGUAGUAAAUACAAGGGGCAUUAGGAUUCUCUUGCCAAAUUAGUUUUACUUUGCUAAUAUAUUCUGUUCUUUUCCAUUUGUUAACUCAGAACAUCUGCUUGGUAGUGCUAGUAAUUCUUGCCUUACAACAUUUUAGUUCACCAAAAGCUGCAAAUAUGAUACUUUCUUGCAAUACACACUUUUCUUCUUUAAGAUAAUGGUUUUCAUUUGAUCUUCUUAUUUAGCCAGGUAUAAACUAUAAGAAAAAAUUUAGCAGGGAAAGGAGUAAAAUGGUGAGACCGUUUUGUUUCCAGCAUCCCCCACCAUUCUGAUCUGGCUACUUCUGUCUUAAUAAUCUCAUGGCACUAUGACAUGCCCAAAGAUCACUCCUCUCACUUGGUAUUGGUGUGUGAACAAGGAAUCUCGUUUAAGAAAAAUAGCAGUAGAUCUUUUACUGCUGUUAGGUUUGGUAGAAAUCUGGAAUAUGGUUUCAGUAAAGAAAAAAUGUGCUUAUA